UUUCAUUCAAAUAUUCAUUUUUGGCUAAAACUCGGGUUUUUUGCAAUUGUGUUUCAUUUUUUUGUUUAUUUACUUGAGAAUGGAUCAAGACAAAUCCAGUAGUAAUAGUUCCUUUGAGGACUUGACCAGUACAGCGGCAGAACUGGAGAAAUUGCCCGAGAAGCCAGAGGAGAAAGUUCAGGAAGAUGUCAUGGACAUUUUGGGCAAUGGACAGUUGACCAAGAAGGUGAUAAUUAAGGGCAAAGAAGAACAGAAACCUCUAACAGGUGAUGUCUGUAAGAUCACAUUUGAGGGCAAACUAGAAGAUGGAACUGUUGUGGAGAAAGAGGAAAAUUUUCUUAUAAAUGUCGGCGAACACGAGGUCUGUCAGGGACUGGAUAUGACCCUAGCACUCAUGUAUCCAGGAGAGAAAGCUGAAGUUGUUGUAAGCCCUCGCUUUGCCUAUGGAUCUUUGGGUCUUAAGAAUGACAGAGAUACGACAAGGAAUAUCCCGCCAGACUCCACGAUCAGUUACACAGUUCAGCUUAUUUCCUGUGAGCCUGAAGAUGAAUCCCAGACCAAGACAUUCGAAAAUCGUAAAAUUAUUGGAAAUCGCAAGAGGGAACGUGGAAAUUUCUGGUACAAUCGUUCCGAGUACAAUUUGGCCAUUCAGCUCUAUCGACGCGCUCUUGAGUAUUUGGACGAUUCUGAAGGCUCUCCAGAGACAAGUCUCGAAUCUUUUACCACCAGUCAGCUGCAGGAGCUACUGGAAUUACGAAUCUUUGUGUACAAUAACCUAGCAGCAGCUCAGACAAAGAUUCAAGCCUAUGAUACAGCCCUAAAAUCAAUUGAGAAUGUUCUUCGUGUGCAGCCUGAAAAUGUGAAGGCUCUCUAUCGCAAAGGCAAAAUUCUGGAGGCUCAAGGAGACACAAAUAGCGCCAUUGCAAUCUUCCAGCGAGCAGCAACACUUGAUCCGACAAAUAAAUCUUUCCAGACGGAAUUGGCCAAGUUGAUCCUCAAACGGAGCCGAGAGAUGCGCAAUGAGAAGGAUUUGUACCAGAAGAUGCUGGGACAUGCCCAGAAAUUGGAGCAGAAGGACAAGAGAAAAGUGGACACAUGCACUGUGGUAAAUUGGCGACCAUGGGGCUUGCUUUUGGGUACAGUGUUAGUAGGAGUGGCAGGAGUGGCCAUGUAUAGAUACAAAUACUUCUAAGGGAAAUUGUCAAUCUCCGAGAGGGUAAUAACGGUAAUAAGUAAUAACUAAGAAAACAAACCCAUUAUUUUUUACAUUCUCUAACACAGAAAAAAUGCAAUCUGACUUCUUCACCAAAAAAAAAAUCUGAAGUUCUUUUUCUCCAAAAAUGUUACCCCAAAAAUGCAUACAUAUUUUCCUGUAAGUUAUUUCUUGUUGAAAAAGACCUCUUUGGAAGGAAUUAUUAUGCUGAAAUAUAUUUUUUUUUAAUUGUUCAGGAGAGUCAACGUCAGUCGCUAAAAGUGGCUUGAAAAGGUGAAAGUGUUCUAUCAAUUAUUUUUCUUUCUUUUUGCCACACACUUUUCUCCAUUCCACAAUACAAGAAGCAUUUAGAUGAUGGUAGAGGAAAUGUACAUAUAUUUAAAAUAAAUAUUACAAUGGAUUUUUUGCAA